GCCAUUACACAAGUUUGCCCCAGACAAGAAAAGGUAGGAAGCCCUGCAAGGACAAACAGUUCAGGCUGGGGGCAGGGUUAUUCCUUUUGGGGGAGGGUUUUGAAAGCAACAGUAUCAGAACCACUAACAAGAACUAAUGACCCUCUUGAGGAGGCUUCAAUUCUGAGAGAUCAUCUCUCACAUAAUAAAACACUGGAAAUAAGAGAGACAAGAUGAAUACUGCUGGAAAAGUGAUUAAAUGCAAAGCUGCUGUGUUGUGGGGCCUGAAGCAGCCCUUUUCCAUCGAGGAUGUAGAAGUGGCCCCACCAAAAGCCCAUGAAAUUCGACUUAAGAUUUUGGCCACAGGAAUCUGCCACACAGAUGACAAUGCAGUCACUGGAAAUCUGUAUACCCCUUUUCCAGUAAUUUUAGGACAUGAAGCAACUGGGAUUGUAGAGAGUAUUGGAGAAGGGGUAACAACAGUGAAACCAGGAGAUAAGGUCAUUCCACUCUCCAUUUCACACUGUGGAAAGUGCUCUUCCUGCAUAAACACUAAUGGCAAUUUCUGUAUGGAGAUGUUGUUAAAUACAGAUCAAGGAGUACGGUCUGAUGGCACCACCAGAUUUACCUGCAAAGGGAAACCGGUCUACCACUUCCUCAAGUUCAGUUCCUUUACUGAGUACACAGUGACCUCAGAAUUUUUGGUAACUAAAAUCGAUGCUGCUGCUCCUCCUGAGAAGGUGUGUUUGAUUGGCUGUGCAUUCUCCACUGGCUAUGGGGCUGCAUUAAAUGCUGCCAAGGUCACCCCUGGAUCUACUUGUGCUGUCUUUGGGCUGGGAGGAAUUGGCCUCUCAGUUAUUAUGGGCUGUAAAGCAGCCGGUGCCUCCCGGAUCAUUGGAAUUGAUAUUAACCCUCGCAAAUUUGAGAGGGCCAUGGCUGCAGGAGCCACUGAGUGCAUCAACCCUAAGGAUUACACAAAGCCCAUCAGCGAAGUCCUGAAAGACAUGACUGACAAUUCUGUGGGGUACACCUUUGAGGCUAUUGGACACCAUGAAACCAUGGUUGAUGCCCUGGCUUCCUGCCAUCCAAGCCAUGGAAUCAGCGUGAUCAUAGGAAUUCUUCCAUCAUCUAAAAUGCUCACCUAUGAUCCCAUGCUGCUGCUCACUGGACGCACCUGGAAAGGAUGUUUUUUGGGAGGUUGGAAACUCAAAGAUGACUUCCCAAAACUAGUGUCUGAUUUCAUGGCAAAGAAAUUUGACUUGGACCAGUUAAUAACCCAUGUUUUACCUAUUAAUAAAAUCAAUGAAGGAUUUGAUCUGCUCAACAAUGGAGAGUGCAUUCGAACAAUCCUGACAUUUUGAGGUCCUAUGUGACUGGAAGUACACAUGAAUACAUGCUAGACUGAGAUUUCAUUUUUAUAUAAUUAUGGUACAGCUUGUGUGACUGUCUCCUGUGGGUCAUGCUCAAAAGAGAAAUAAAGUACAUUGGACUACACUUUCCAAAAAAGUAAAUUAAAGUUGUCACUACCAUAAUUCAAUUUACCUGGGGCAGAAGGUGGUAAUGUUGUUAUUGUUGUUGUUUUAAUCUUUAUAAAGGGAGUUACACUGGACUAAAACAUCAGAUAAAUGUUUUAAGCUUUUAUUGCUUUUGACUGAAGUGGAAUUUUAAAGGACACUCCCAAUAUCUUUGUGUCAAAGGCGUUAAGAAGAUUCCAAUCAUUUGUUUUCAGAGAGCUAGGCUAGGCAGUGUAUGGCUUAAGAUGAUGCUACCAUAAUAUCUUAUAAGCAGACAUUAUCUUUUUGUGAAGUACUGAUAAUAAAGCUUUCCAAGGUAUGUUUACUCCACAGAAAGCACAUGCUUACCUUCUUUCUUUCGUGCUUUUAUAUUUCAAAGGAGAUGGAUACUUUUGAAUACAGCAUUUAAAAAAGUGAGUAAAACCUGUUAAACAAAAGUCUGUCUCAUCACAUGGUGUAGCUUACUUCAUUCCACUUUGAAGUAUAUAUGUAUAUUUUAAAUUAACCAAUUCAAUUCAGUGAGAAAUUAUCUAUUGUAUUCUCUGUACUAGACACUAUGCUGGUUACUUGGGUUACAAAAGCAAAAAUGAAACAAUUCCUAACCUCAAAAAAUUGACAUGGAUGUAAAUUGCACAUUUCCAUAAUUCAGUACAAGAAGCUUUAUUAAAUAACUUGAAGGUAAUUAAAAAGCUGAGUAUAGAAAGGGAAAAGAGAAGGUAUUUACCCAAGGACUGACUGUCAUAAUUCAGAAAAAGAUCUGCCUUUUUACCAUUUUGAAUUAAAGGAUACAAAAGUAGUCAGAUACCCAUUUUGACAAUUUCCUAAUUAAUAUCCAGUUCAGCUUUAAUAAAUCUAUUUCUAUGUGA